CGCAGUGGUAGUGGAUAGAUCGCAGGCUUGUGAAUGAAUGUAGUUAGUCAAACACUAUGAAGCAUGAUAAUGUGUAGAGGAAUGACCUGAAGCCGGAGUCUUCCCAUUCUGAUCGCCAAAGCGGGUAUCAGUCAACUGCGGAGCGUUGCUUGAAAAGGGAGUACACAAACGACAUCGUGUUUCAUUAUUUUUUAUUGUGGUUUUUGUGACAGUGCAAUCUUGCACAUUGAAGACAGUGCUUUUUCAUUGACAUUGACUUGAGAUCUAGUUCUUCAGAUAAAGUGAUAUCACUAUAAGAAACUGUUUAUUGUUACUGUAUAAAAUGCGCUCGAAAUUAUCUCUAGAGCAGCUCAAUGCGCUCACACCAAGCGAGUUUCACAAAGUGUUUGAAAACGUAGUGGAAUGCUGGCCCGAAGCAGCGAUCUUCUGCUCCGCCAUGCUGCCGUUCAAAAGUUUUGAGGCCAUGAUCACAAUUUUUGAGAAUUAUCUCCAACGGCUAAGCAUGGAAAAUAAGCUUCGAAUUUUGCGAUUGCACCCAGAUUUGGCUGGUAAACUGUUGGACACUCACCAGUUGACAGAGGAGUCAAGCUUGGAACAAGCCAGCGCUGGGUUGGAUAAGCUGACACCUGGAGAUAAGAAACGACUGACCAUGCUGAAUGAAGAGUACAAGGAGAAAUUUGGAUUUCCAUUUGUGGUUUGUGUUCGAGAGGCAUCCAAGUUUGAAGCGAUCCUUGCUGGUGUUACAAAACGAAUCAGCAACAACCCGGAGCUAGAGCUUGAAAUUGGCAUUGGAGAAGUGAAGAAAAUUUGUAGAUUAAGAAUAUUGGAAUUAGUCAAUAAACUAUAAAAAAUA